AUGACUGAUGAAGGUUGGACGCCAUUACAUCUGGCCGUAAGCGAGGGGAAACGGGAUAUCGUUCAGUUAUUACUGGACAAUGGUGCGGAUGUAAAUGCAGAAAAGAAUGAGAAAACACCAAUGUAUCUAGCUAUUGGCAACAAGGACGAGCUCAUUACCACGAGCCUCGUUCGACAUGGCGCUGAGGCAGAUGUACCGCUGGCGCUGGCAAUCAAGCAAGGUGAUGAAGAUACAGUUCGAUUUAUCCUCCAGCAUGGACCUGAAAUUGAACCAGAAUUUUUGAUCUAUGCUAAUCGUUAUGGACAUGAUCAUAUUUUGCAGCUUAUGGUAGAGCACUUUCUUGAAAAGGACGCUGUUGACUAG